UAAACUAAUCGACUUAACUCAAAGAUCGACUAAACUGUAAGUGAAGAAACAUGUUUUCUCGCUACGUAAUAAUUUUUGGAAUGGCCAUUUUCGCAUCGGCCUUGGUCACAACGAGAGCGCAAGAUUUGGCUGCAAACGAAAGCGAGGACAGAUCUUUCGCUUCAAAAGCCUUGGAAAAGCUAGCGAAAAAGGCACUACUGCAAGCUUUUGGAGGCCCACUGGGCGGAGCUGCCGCGGGCUGCAUCGAGCAGGCGAUCGAGCAAUGCAAGCACGAAUUGAAGCACCUGAAAAAAAUGCUCAAGUGCGCUGGCAACUACUUCAAGGAAGAUAAAGGCGAGUGUUUGAUACCCUGAAUUGUUAUAAUGAAAACUUUAUGAAGAAAAAAAUUCUUCAAUAAAACUAAUGUAUUUUUUAACUCAUUAUUAAAA